AUGGCCACCAAAGAUCUGCCAACUCACCUGUCCUCAAACACUGGGUUUGGGAAACACCAUGGAAAGUCCCAGUCUCACAUGGCAUUCGAAAAUGCCUCCACCAGUGUUGCCGCUUCUCAGAUGCGCAACGCCCUGAACGCCCUCGCGGAGACCGUCCCUGAUCCCAGCGAACGCAAGCGAUUCGAGGCCGAGACCGACAACUUCUUUGCCCUCUUCCGUCGGUUCCUCAACGACAAGGCCAAGGGCAACGUCGUCAACUGGGAUCGCAUUGCCCCCCCUCAGCCCUCACAAGUCGUCAACUACGAUGAUCUUGGCAGCGAGGCCUCUGUCGAGUUCCUCAACAAGCUGGCCGUUGUCAAGCUCAACGGUGGUCUGGGAACCUCCAUGGGUUGCGUCGGCCCCAAGUCCGUCAUCGAAGUCCGUGAGGGCAUGUCCUUCCUGGAUCUGUCCGUCCGCCAGAUUGAGCACCUGAACCGCACAUACAACGUCAACGUCCCUUUCGUUCUCAUGAACUCGUUCAACACCGACCAGGACACUCAGUCGAUCAUCAAGAAGUACCAGGGCCACAACGUUGAUAUCAUCACUUUCAACCAGUCCCGGUACCCUAGAAUCAUCAAGGAUUCGCUAUUGCCCGCACCCAAAUCCUUUGAUGCUCCUCUGCAAGACUGGUACCCCCCUGGUCACGGUGACGUCUUCGAAUCACUUUACAACUCCGGCACCCUGGACAAGCUCUUGGAGCGUGGUGUUGAGUACAUCUUCCUCUCCAAUGCUGACAACCUGGGCGCCGUCGUGGACAUGCGUAUCCUCCAGCACAUGGUCGAUACCAAGGCUGAAUACAUCAUGGAGUUGACCGAUAAGACCAAGGCUGACGUCAAGGGUGGUACCAUUAUCGACUACGAGGGCAAAGUCCGUCUCCUGGAAAUCGCCCAGGUGCCCAAGGAGCACGUCAACGAAUUCAAGUCUAUCAAGAAGUUCAAGUACUUCAACACAAACAACAUCUGGAUGAACCUCCGUGCUAUCAAGCGUGUUGUGGAGGAGAACGAGCUUGAGAUGGAGAUCAUUGCCAACGAAAAGUCCAUUCCGGCCGACAAGAAGGGCGAGGCCGACCAGGCCAUUUACCAGCUCGAGACAGCCGUUGGUGCCGCUAUCCGUCACUUCAAGAAUGCUCACGGUGUCAAUGUUCCUCGUCGUCGCUUCCUUCCUGUCAAGACUUGCUCUGAUCUGCUGCUGGUCAAGUCAGAUCUCUACCGUCUGGAGCACGGUCAGCUGGUCAUGGACCCCAACCGAUUCGGCGGUGUCCCGGUCAUCAAGCUCGGAGGAGACUUCAAGAAGGUCUCUGAUUUCCAGAAGCGUAUCCCUAGCAUCCCUCGUAUCGUCGAGCUCGACCAUCUCACCAUCACUGGAGCGGUGAAUCUUGGCCGAAAUGUCACACUGAAGGGAACUGUCAUUAUUGUGGCUACUGAAACCAGCACGAUUGACAUUCCACCAGGCUCUGUGCUAGAGAACUGCGUUGUGCAGGGUAGCUUGCGUAUCCUUGAGCAUUAA